GAUUUUUAAUGCACCACUGAAUUGUUUCUCUUAAAAUGGAAAGUAAACAGCCUUAGUCCUUUAGCAAGCUGACACAUAAAAGCAGAAUUUUUUAAACCCUGCAUAAAAAAAUAUGUGAAAAUAAAAAGUUUUUGUUAUCUUAAGAAAAAUUAUUUUAUUACUUAUAUUAUUGAAUCCAAUUUUCAGUUGUUUUCUUCUGUGAGUGCUUUGCUUUUCAUAGCUUGUUUUGCAUGUGGGAAAGUAAUGAUUCUAUCAAGCUAUAGGUUUGCUUUCUUUUUCAGCUUCAACUCUUCCUUUUUUUUAAGUGUAUAUAUGAACUCUUCAUCACUAUCAACUGAACUAAUCGCGCCGAAAAGGAUGGACAUAUAUGAGCCAUUCCAUCAAUUGAGCAUGUGGGAGGAUAGCUUUAAAGUUGAUCAUAGCACCCUUAAUUCAAUUGCUUCACCAAUGUUGAAGAUGAACAUUAGUAGCUUGGAGAACAAGUGUGAAUAUAUUCCUCAUGAAUCAAGAGAGCCUUCUGGAGAUGAUCAAGAAACUACUGAAGAACCUGUUCCGAAGGUGCUAAGACGUCAAGCACAAAAUCGCGAGGCUGCUAGGAAAUGUCGAUUGCGAAAGAAGGCUUAUGUUCAACAAUUGGAAACAAGUAGAUUGAAGCUCAUGCAAUUGGAACUUGAGAUUGAGAAAACAAGAAAACAGGGUUUGUACAGAAGCAAUUCAUUUGAUGUCAGUUAUAUGAGAUCAUCUGGAAUAAUAAACUCAGCAGGGAUAUCUUUAUUUGAAAUUGAAUAUGGACGUUGGAUUGAAGAGCAAGAUAGACAAAAUGAAGAACUAAGAAAUGCAUUGCAAACUAAUGCAUCUGAUAUACAAUUUCAUCUACUUGUUGAGAGUAGCUUGAAUCAAUACUCAAAUCUUUUUAGAAUGAAAGCAGAAGCUGCAAAAGCUGAUGUUUUCUAUUUAAUAUCUGGCGCAUGGAAAUCAUCGGUAGAACGCCUUUUUCUUUGGAUUGGAGGAUCUCGUCCGUCACAGAUUCUAAAUAUCAUCUUACCCAAGCUUGAGGCUUUAACUGAUCAACAAAUUGCGAGCAUUAACAACCUACGAUUAUCCUCUCAGCAAGCUGAAGACGCUCUUUCAAUAGGGUUGGAGAAACUCCAGCAAAGUAUGAUCCACAACAUUCAAGCUGAUCCCUUGGAUUUUGGAAACUAUGGAUUUCAGAUGGCUUCUGCCAUGGACAAAGGAGAAGCAGUAGAAGGUUUUGUAAUCCAGGCAGAUCACCUUAGGCAGCAAGCUUUGUUGUACAUGUCUCGUAUCUUGACAAUCGGGCAAUCAGCUAGAGGCUUGCUGGCUAUGGGGGAAUACUUUCAACGUCUUCGCACUCUUAGUUCGUUGUGGACUGCUCGUUCAUGUGAUCAUUUCUACCCUACUCAACACUCAAAUUGAGAUUGAGUUGAGACUACUUUCAAUCCUAAGUUUUAUUCUUCAUUUUUUAAUUAUUCCAUAUGUAUAUAUAUUACUUAUAUGAACAAGUAUUGAUGCUGCCAAGUACCAUGAAGCAUAGUUUAUAUGAUUUGUAGUAGUUCUAUUGAGAACAACUUGUAAAUACAGAUUUUAUCAUCUUCUACAUGAACAAUAAUUUGUUUACAUCUGGAGUAUAUUUUGAAGAAAAGAAAUUACUUUUUUUUUU